AUGAUCAAAAAAACUGAAGAACAGGACAAUUUUUUGGACAUGGGACAACAAACAAGUGUGAAGGAGGGCGGCGCCACAAAAGACAAUAUGGAAUUGUCAGGCACGCGCAGCGGAUCUAAAUAUAAAUGGUACCACAGAACCGUCAUGAAUAUGAAUAGUAUGAAUAGUAUCCGGGAAGCCAAUGUGGUAUUGCGACAGCAUACCAAUCCUCAAGUUCAACAAGGUGGAAGUGUGACAGCCUUGUUUUCAAUGCAGACAUCUGAAGGGUUCUGGCCAUGGAGAGAUGAGCUGCUCUCAUGUAUGGGUCUCAUCCCUACGAUAGUUGCAGCUACAAUGGAGAUCCAAGACAUAAAGUCGCAUUCAGCGACAAUUGCUGCGACAGCUGUGGCGAUAAGAUACUUUAAAUCUAUUACGAGGGAAGGCGACAACCCAUGGGACAUUCACACUAGUCAAGCGUCCUGUUGGUUGGCAGGACAAGCCGAGCCAAGUCAACUUGCAAGUCUCUUGGACCAAGCCGACGAUCUCUUUUAA